CCUCGUCCCUCUCAUCACCCUGUCCUGUUCUUCGGUCCCUAAAAAUGCUAGGUGCUGGGACAGAAAGGGCUGUGCAAAGCUCAAACCUUGUGUCGGUACUCCAGAGAGGUGCGAUCCUGGCCGGCUCCACCGGGUCAGAAGGCAAAUCCGACAUACGAGACGUGCUUACCUCGAGACUAUCGCAAUACUACUCUGCCCUCGGCCAGGACCAAGUGAGCGAUGUCAACGGGGCACUCGAAAAUGUUCAACUCCGUACAGCCCAGGAGGCACUGGUUGUGAUUGAACAAGUUCAAAGCAUCGUCAGUCCGAAACGACCAGACGCAAACCGCGUGCCUACUCCUGGGCAGACCUCGGAGAACGACGCGCCCGAAGAAUUGUUGGGAACGCGAGACCUAGCUCAACUGUGUACUCUCUUGUCAUUGGUAUUCAAAUGGGCUGUAGAGCCUCUACUUUCUCGUGUCUCUGCGUCUAUUCCAAAUACCACACCAGGCGGAAGGCGACGCACAGAAGUUAACAUAAUUGACCUGACAAGCGUUCCCGAAGACUACCAACUAUUACGCUCCAUCCUGUUUCGUGUCACACGGCUACUUUUGCUGUCUGGUGUCCGAGGGUCUCUCAAUGCGACUCACAUCACUUCUGCCAUAGUCGACCGUCAUCUAGGAGAUCUGCUCAAGCCCUGUCUAGUGCUGGGGUGGCUGCCAAAGUCUCUGUCGAGUGAGUCUGUCCUCCCCUUGGAUGACUUGCGACCCGUCGCAAUGCGUCUCAUCAAUACGCUUCCCGUUUCGCGGAGUGUCACCGCGCUGAGCGGUAUCCUCUCAGGCCAAGUCUCCUUGGUGUAUGUGCAAAAAAUAUGCAGUCACCUCAUGAGCCGUCAAAUACUCCGUCAUAAUGGGGUUAGGGGUCUUUUUAUUGCUCUGUUUGCAGAGGAGGACGUUUCUGGGGAUGAUGCUCUCCUUGAGAAGCUGGAAAAUGUGGCAAAAUUACUGAGAUCCUUGCCAAAAGGAAUGGAGGAGAAUCAAUAUUACGGCAAUAUUGUCCAGCAGCUCUUGUCUAUCCUCUCUGCAGAAGGCGAUAUCUCGUCUUCUCAUCGCCGGGCAGCUGCUUUCUCAUUAUCGAGGAUGGUCUUCCCUAGCGACGAGAAAGACAGGACAGGUGCUCUCGUUUCACGAAUCUUGUCACCUGCUCUUCAACGGCCGUUCCUGGAGAUCACUCAGGGCCUGCUUUUCGACAACGGCAGCUCCUCAUCUUCAGCAGAUAUCCCUUGUCUUGCCCCUAACCAGGCAAUCCAGGCGUUGCAAACCCUCUUGACAAACACUGAUCCGUCGCCCGAACUCAUAUCCAGCCUGCUCACGCCCAUCGUGCCACCUUUGUACGCGUUAUUGUGGACUUUCGACUCCGUCAAGACGUCUGAACCUCUGCUCAAGACGAUUGUUCGGGGUUUUAUGAGAACUUGGGGAAGAUUGGUGGAUGGUCCAGAAGGAAUCGCCACUCUUUGGCUAGUUGUUAAUGGUGAAGGCGGAGAAUGGCAAGUGGACGUAGCUGGUGCAAUCGCAAGAAUCGAGCAGACCAACGCUAUCUCUCAGUUGGGCAUGUUCACACCGGAGGACUUGCGGCGAGCCGAAGAAGCCGGAGAGUUCGAUGUGGACGCUAAUAUCUUGCAUCUUCGCCCGGACCCAAAGCACUUUGUCGCGUUUCUCAAGUCUCUCGAUCGCUCAGAUGUCGUCUCGGAUCUAUUUGUGAGGCUUCUGGAGUCGUACAGAGAAAGCAAGGCUGCUCAUGAGGCGGAUCCAAUGAGGACGCUUCUCUUCCUUCAACUCAUUGUACAAAUUCAGAAUCAGCUCUCUUCGGGAGAUUCUGCCCUCGGCAUCUUGAAGAGGCCCGACCACGUACUAUCUUUCAUCAAGCACGCCUUGCAGACGGCGGCGCAGAGGUCUUCGAAAGUCGACGAAACUUUCGCUUCCAGAAGGCAGACAGGGCUUAAGCUCGAAGAUCUUCACAUCGUUGAUGUGGAUGAAGAUGACAGCAAUGGUGAGAUUCUCGAGGCCGACAGCGACGAUGAAGACGAGCCUUCAAUUCAACGUGAAGGAUCGGACGAGGAGAUAACCUCGACUGCGCUGAAUCUUCUGCUUGCUGUCAUGGAAGCCAACCCCAGCCUUAACACACAAACGGUACCGAUCCUGGGUGACAUCUUCUCGUUGCUGGAGUCGCUUGCCAAAGAAUCUUCGGAGGCCAUCAAGCCACUGGCGAGGGAAGCUCGUAUGGUCCUGACCGCGCGCCUUGCAUCCUCGUCCAUAUCCCAGGCUCCAACAGGAAGCACGAUGGAGGCCGGGGAGAGUCCCCAGGGAACGUACCAGAAGGCCCUCAAGCUACUACAAGACCCGAUCCUUCCUGUGCGCGCGCACGGCUUGCUCCUCCUACGCCAACUCGUCUCUGCGCGGCUGUCAAAUGACAACACGCUGCGGGAGCCUGCGCUCGACCGUGCACUCGUGCCGGGCAUCCUCGGCAUCUUCCUGCAGUCGCUCCAGGACGACGACUCGUACAUAUUUCUAACUGCAGUGCAGGGCCUCGCGGCGAUGGUCGAAGGCUUUGGGAAGGAUGUCCUGAAGGGCUUGGUCGAGAUGUACGCGAAAGGCCUCGACGGCGUCGGGAGCAUGGCGCUCACACGGCUCGACGUGGAUACCAGGACCAGGGUGGGCGAGGCACUCGGGCAAGUUAUCAAGCGGUGCGGAGACGCGCUGCCAGGAUACGCCGACUUGCUCGUCCCGCCUCUGUUCGGGGUUGCCCGUGCGUCCCACCUCCCUACGGCCCUGCGGACAUCCGCUUUAUCGCUGCUGGCCCAAUUUGCAAACACGAGCGCUGUGGCUACCCUGCCGUAUGCGGUUGACCUUACGGCCGCGAUGCUCGAUUUGCUACAGGUCGAAUCGGUACCUGUGGUCCACAAGCCGAGGGAUCGGACAACUCAAGUGUCAGAUGCUACUUCAGAAGGUGGCUUGCUAGAAGAAAGUUCCGAGUCAAAGGUUGAUCCGGAGAGGUCGAAGCGAAGGCAAGAUGCUGUGAAUUACCAGCCGACAACGAAGGAUUCGAAGAUCCCAACACUGCGUCGAUCCGCAUUAUACUUCAUCACGCUGUUAGCAAGGGCGUUCGCGAGCCAGCUUGAAAUGUCAUCGGGUUCCGUCUACGCCUUGCCGGGCGACCUGAUGCGAAGGGCAAAGACUAUCGUCGGGUAUGUUACUGCUACAGAUGAAGAUUUAGUGGUACGCGUGAUGGCGAGGGAGACGCUAGAAGGGCUCGAUAACUUAGCGGAAGCAAUGCUUCGUUUGUGAACACAAUAAAUUUAUUUUAGUUGUACAUGUGAUACUCAAGUUGACACUGUGUGUGCCCCGUAUCUGUCCCAGCUAUCGCGACCUUUAAUGAGCUGAGUCAAUAAGAAGGCAGCGUUCAUCUCGGUCCAAAUAAGCAUACAACCACACUCUGACCAGAGAGCAGUGAGCACGUGUCUGAGACGGUAGGAACGGCCGAAGCCGCCGUUUCAAACGGUGGCCGGGACCUAUACGAUCGCUCGUUCGUCCAGAAGAAGGUCUUAUACAUUUGACAACUCAUCCAUUCGCAGCGGCAACCAUCGCGCCGGCCGACCGUCCGAUCUCAUCUACGCGUCGUCGGAAACCCUUCCACCGCGCAUUACCCGCUUGUAGGAGGACAGCAUGGUCUGAGACGCUAUCAACAGGAGCAUUCAAGCGCAAGAAGGGAUUGGCGAUAGAGCGACGGUAGGCGGUGUGCAACGCCCUGAAGAUCUAUAGAGCGAGCAACACCGGUUGUCGGCGACCGUGAUCGGGAAAGGAAAAAGACGCAGGUCACGUACUGCAAUAACGUCUGUGUCGCGCACAACGGCGUCGGAAAGCUCGAGCGCGAUGAUGAUUUUAACUUUCAGAGGGGUCAUGUAGCCGUAGACUGCGACGUCCUCUACGUACAGCAGGCCCAGGUAACACUCUGUGGACUUGGUCGCGUUCGCGGCCGUGACUUCAGUCCUCAUCUUCAUAAGUAUUCGGGUAAAACGAGGACGCCGAGGGCACACUCACUCCGCUCCUCUACGACAUCCAAACUUGUGUGGGCGAUGUAAUGGUAUUUCAGCUCAUCUUGGCGCGGUUGAGAGAAUGUACGGAUCAAUAUGGGAUGAUUUUGUGGCGACACGAAAGCGACGGCAUUCAGACGGAGUUGCGGGGGCAUUUCUGAGCGUACAAUACUCGCCGCCACACCGGCGCACGCAGACUAGGGAUGGGGGAGAAAGCAAG